AUGCUUCUUCAUGUUCACCGCCAUACUAUUCUCCACCCCAUUCCAUCGAAUAUGAACAUUCCCACAACUACAAAAAGUCGAAUUCAAAAGACCACCACCCCUUUCCCGAAAUCCUCGAAUCUCAAUUCCACUCUGUUCACAAUCAGCGAACUUCACAGCCCAAAAAGAGCCUGCAAUUCGGGGAUUUAUUCGCUCUCCAAUUCAUCUGUUCUACUAUCAGAUAUUUGGAAACCUCCAGUUGAUCCAUCAUGGAUUACACGAACAAUGAGUUUGAUCAACAGAAGACUGAUUCUGCAGGUAUUAGCAGUGGGAAAGAGAUUUUACUGCAGGCCUUCAACUGGGAAUCUCAUAAACAUGAUUGGUGGAUAA